AUGCCUGUCUCUCUUAGUGCCUGGCGUGCCAGGAUCGGCACGUACAUGCGCCGUAAGCAGAAAGUGUAUGACUACUUCUACUACCUGAGGAGGUACGUUUACGGUCUUAAAUUAAUUGAAAAGGCGAAGAAAGCAGCUGAACACUCAAAAGAAAAUGACAGAGGCAAUCGCCACAAAUCGUCUUUCAAUGGCUAUUCAUCUGGUGAAAAUGGCAAAACUGGUAACACAUGUCGACAACCUCCGCCUUCUACCGAUGUAAAACCGAAUCCCACCCAAACUGAAUCUCAAAGUGACCGUGAGGUUAAAGGUAGCAAAUUCGAAGCACGUUCUCAGACCAGUUGCGUUGUGGCCAUUCACUCUUCGUGUCACAUUAAAAGACCCGAUCAAAUCGCUCAGGAUAUGUCUUUGAGUGCUGAUGACCGUACUCUUUCAACAUGUUCAACCUCUUCAACAGAACAGGAAUCCAUUCCUGCCCCGGAGCCUACCACGCCCUGUGACUUAGACGACGAGCUGGACCUGAGAUACAUAACCAUUCGUAGCGUAUCACCUGUAAACCACUGCAAUUCGACUCAAACAAAUAAACCAGACCAUGAGCCAGACGGCACAUCGGAGGUCGCAGAACGUCAUGAAACAACAAUAUUUCUAGGCAGGAUAUCUUAUUCACUCAGUGGAGAAGUAGAUGAAAUCAAGAGGAAGUACAUUGCUGUUGAGACCAAUGUGCUCCUACUGAGGUCUGGUGACGUGGAGCCAAACCCGGGUCCAGAUACCAACCCUGGGAAUCUAACUGAGCUCGAACUCAAUCUCCUUGCUGACGGUAUGGAUCCAUCAGACUUGAGGAAAGUGGGACUAGCUUUAGGAUUCACUGAGGCUCAACUUAGUCGGUUUGAGAGAGAUAACAUUGGGAACAUAAUGCAAGCUAUCUAUAAGAUGCUUUGUGAAUGGCUGAAGACAGUACUACAAGGUGAUGCAAGGGAGAUACUAUCCAACAAGUUAAAAGACAUCAAUCUCGUACAGCUCGCCGACAAAUUACAGAAAGGCCAGGUCGGUGAUCACAUAUUAUCAAUGACAGAAGAGGAAGUCCAACGGGUCAUCCAAGAGGUCAAAGAAUAUUCUGCACUUCAUCACUGUCAGAUUCAAGCAGAUCCACUGAACAGCAGCCUUCUAUUUCAACUAGACCGGAUCUUCACCAACUUAACGCUGUUGGAAGAAGACAAAGGAACCACUCUAAAGGCACCAAUACUCUACGCAGAUCUGCUCAAGACUAAAGUCAACGGAGUCCUUCCUAAACGUUUGUUGGUUGAAGGUGAAGGUGGUGUGGGGAAGACAACUCUCUGUGCAAAGAUCGUUUGGGACUGGAUUCAUGGAGCAGGUUACCAAGAUUUCAACCUGGUACUUCUCGUCCUCCUUCGCGAAGUAAAGGAUAAUACAAUUGGAGAGAUUAUAAAGUCCUACCUUCCAGACGACAAUAUGGUUACAGUCAUGCAGCUAAACAAGUAUGUGUUUUCCCAUCAGAAAAACGUCCUUCUCGUUCUUGACGGUUUUGACGAGUUUGCUGGCGAUCUUGAUAGCUGUUACCAAAUCGCCCUUCUCAUCCUGAAUCGGCUGUUCAAGUCAGGGAAAGUACUAAUCACAUCAAGACGAUGGAGAUCAGAUGAGAUACGGAAGAAAACAGAGCUGAGAAAGCUGUAUGCUUUCAUUGCCGUGGAAGGUUUUUCUGAUGCAAAUCUCUCUUCCUACGUCACAAAGUUCUUCCAUCCAGACACAACUUCAGCUAAGGAAUUGACCCAAUUCAUAUCAAACAACGAUGUGAUCAGAGAAAACAUGGCUCCAUACCCCAUAUACACAGCUAUGCUGUGUAUCAUGUGGAAAGAAUUCGAUGGAGAACGGCGCAUAGCAAUGUCGAAAUUACAAACAUUUUCUCAGCUGAUUGAUGAGAUGGUCCAAUUCUUGGUCGACCAUUAUCUCUCAAAGCUCGGUCUGACGUCAAGAGACGAGGAAUGGCAUGUUCAGCGUGCAGAAAUUCUUCUCCAUCUAUCCAACAUCGGUUGUCUUGCCUUCCAGGGGCUCAUGGAAAGACGAUUGGUGUUCACCGAACAUGAGUUCAAGAGCUGGCCAGGAUGUGUAAACGCAGGUUGUCAAGUAGGAGUACUCACUAAACAAGCACCGAUCCUUCAGCGGAGACAACAAAGAUACAAUACACAUCCCACAGACUCAUCUGUGCAAUUUCCCCAUAAGCUGUUUCAGGAGUAUCUAUCAGGGAUGUAUCUGGCAUCUCUUCACAACUCAAACAGAAGCGAGUACGACAGGUUGAUGAAGGAUAUAGUAAGAAACGCACGUGAAUUUCGAGAGCUUCUGUACUUCACUUCUGCUCAACAGAAGGAGGUCGGAUCGGAUAUCAUAACUCGUCUAAUAGCAACAACGUCAACACGGUCAAUGGGAUAUGGGCGUACCGAUGAUGACUACAUUGUUGAUGUAGCAUAUGAGAGUCAAGACCAAACAGUGGCCAGAGCUGUGGCAGAUCAUCUAUCGACUUCAUCCAGCAACACACUUGAGAUCAGGGCAGAGAUGCAGGGCCACACGGUUUCAGGACAUAUCUUCAUCAUGAAUCAUCGUAAAGUGGUAAAUAAUUUCAACAAAAAGUACACACCCUCUUAAUUCGAAGAUAUAAUUUGUAAAAGCCUAGAUAUUAUUUUUUCUUAUUUCUUUUUUCUACCCGCAAUAUUCAAAACAAACGAGACCAAAGAGUACUGCUCCUCAAAAACAUAAAACAUUCAUAGAACAUCACUCGGUCCUAUUUCACUGUUAUUUAUUUUAUAUCUGUCAUAAAAAAUACACCCCUUGUAAAAGAAAUCAGAUGACGCAAAAAGAAUAAUGUAAUUUCAAAUAUUUGAUAAAAUUUAUUAGAUAACUAUUUAAAAACAAACAAAACGU